AUGCCUCGACGUCCGCAGACCUAUGAUGACUACGGCACAGCCGUCCAGCAGAUCAUCCUGACUUCGUCCGACACGGAUUUCCUCGAUCAACUGAUCCCUGUCCUCAAAGAUGCCUCCCACUCCAACCGAACCCCCUCGUUGAUGCAAAAUCUUGUCAGAUAUGCCGAGGAUAGAGAAUCAGAUAUUGAGAGGAUAGGUCUGACGAAGCAUGAGGAAUUCCUGAGCUCAGUGAAUCAACUCCAGGUCGUACGCGAGGGCACUGUCACGCUCACAGCAGAGAUCCUGAGGCUGAAUCAGUCAAUCCAAGCAAGCACAGAGAAGCUUGCCGACCAAAAACAGGCUCUGGUAAAUACAAGAGCUGUGAGACAGAAUAUUGCCGAUGCAUCCGACGCCUUGAACGAGUCUCUCAAAAUAUUGCAUGCUGUCAACCAUGCCCACGACCUGAUCCGCAAAAAGAAGUACUACGCAGCACUCAAAUCCCUCGAGGACCUGCAGAAUGAGCAUCUGAUCCCGACACUUCAGAAUAAAUAUGCCACACAGCACAAGCUGGCUGAUGUUAUUCAAAAGUCAAUACCGGCGUCUCAGAAAACUAUUUCCGAAGCUGUCAUGACAGACCUCAAUACCUGGCUGUUUCGCAUUCGUGAAACCUCGCAGUUCCUCGGCGAGGUUGCCUUCUAUCACACCGAACUUAGAAGGGCGAGGCAGAGGGAACGCGUGGAGCGUGACAUUUAUUUGAACAACUUCAGACUCAACUCGUCUAUUGAGCUGGUCUUCGAUGAGAGCGAAGAGUUUGACGUGCUUGACAACGAGGAGCUGCAGGUUGACUUUACCCCGUUGUUUGAAUGCCUGCACAUCCACGACGCCUUAGGUCAGAGCGACAAGUUCCGUGCCGAGUAUGCCACCACUCGCCGACAGCAGAAAGACUUGCUAUUGCCAAGUACGGUUGGGCUUGUUGCAGAUGACGAAACUUCACUCAGUAGUUUGCUCGAAGGCAUCGCCGGCUUUGCCAUCAUCGAAAAAGCGACUAUGCGACGUGUUCCUCAUCUUCGCUCUGCUGUUGAUGUGGACGAGCUCUGGGAUUCAAUGUGCCAUACGGCCAUCACUCUCACCUCGCAGGCGCUAGAUGAAGUAAGCAAUGCUGAGAUUCUACUCAAGAUCAAAGGCGUGAUAGCCUUGUUCAUCCAAACCAUGGAGAGUUGGGGCUACUCUGUGUCCAUGCUCGACAACUUUCUCCUCACCUUGUUCGACAAGUACGCCGAGCUCCUCAAGCGCCGGUUUAGCGAAGAUUUUCAGGAGAUUGUGUCGACCGACGAUUAUAUGCCCAUGGCCAUUAAUACUCGGGAGGAGUACGAGAAGGUGGUGAACGUCAGCUGGUUUUCUCAAGACAAACCUCUAGAAGAACUCAGCUUCCCCUGCGUCUUGCCAUUCUCGCAAAUGUACCCGCUCUGUUGUAUCGAUAUUCGAAACUUUCUGAACCAGUUUUACUUCUUCUCGGACGACCACUUCCAGCAUCCCAAUAUCAUCGACGAUACACUCCGCAAGUCGCUAGAUGAACUUUUGAUAGAGAAAGUCUGCAAGUCACUUGUUGAAAGAUUGAGCUCGCAGUAUCUUGGGCAGAUUGUACAGAUUCUUAUUAACCUGGAGCACUUCGAAGCUGCUUGCCAAGAACUUGAGCAGCUUCUUAUCAGAGCAAGAUCGUCCACAUCGGCUGGCGGCCCUGUCACGCUCGUUGCUACAGAAGAGUUCCGUAACAACAAGAAGACGGCAGAGAAGCGAAUCUUCGAACUUGUCAACUCCAAGAUUGAUGACCUUGUGGAUACCGCCGAAUAUGACUGGAUGGCAACCACAACGUCCCCUGGUCCAAGUAGUUACAUGCAGACCAUGACCCGAUAUCUCUCCAAUAUCAUGAACUCCACACUUCUUGGCUUGCCAAGAGAGAUCAAGGAGCUCAUAUACUUUGACGCUCUUAGCCAUGCCGCCAAUAAGAUUCUUGCGUUGCCACUAUCCCCUGAUGUCAAACAUAUCAAUACCAAUGCAGUCGCAGCACUUGCAAAGGAUGUGCAGUACCUUACGGAGUUUGUUGACAGUCUCGAAAAUGGAGCUAUGCUCCGAGAGAACCUUGACGAACUCCAACAAACCAUUAACCUUAUGCAGUCCGACAACCACGACGAGUUCUUUGACAUUUCCAUCCGCAACAAGAAGUUUGGUCGUGUUGACGCCUUGAACGGACCCAUGUUGCUAGAGAAGCUCACUUCUAAUGCCCAGGGCCCUACCCGCAGCGCUCCUCUUGCCAACUUCUCGUCUCGGUUUGGUAUGAUGAAGUAA